AUGCACAGCGAUGGGCCCCCAGGGAGACAAACAAAUUCUGCAAAACGGAAGAAUACAAUAUCAAAUCACAAUACAAAGAGAGCUGCAUCUGCUGCGACAACAACAAAAUUAAAAAUUGCAUCGCUUGUAUUAGAAGGUGUUACAACUAUUAGAUUUACACCGAGUGAAUCAAUCACAUCAAUAUUGCUAGAUGUUAAAUCAAAUGCUAUACAAAAAAAUAAAGCCGACAAGGAAGCAUUUUUAAAAGGAGUAGAUGUUGAAAUAUCCCUACAAGAUAUAGAAGUUUUAAAAAAUGAAUAUCAUGUUGAAAAAGUUGAACGUUUACCAAAUAAACAAAAAAAUGGACAUAGUACAACAUGCAAAAUAACAUUUAGCGAUUCAAAAGACAGAAAUAUAUUCGUUAAAUAUGGUCUACAAAUUCAGCGUCUUCAUUACAAAGCAGAAGCCGCUUACUAA